AUGAGAAACCAGACAAUAUUAAGUGAAUUUGUUCUCUCCAGGCUGUCUGAUCUUCCGUCUCUUCAACUUCCUCUGUUUCUCUUCUUCCUUCUCAUCUACCUUCUGACAUUAAUCUGGAAUUUUCUGAUCAUUGUCCUCAUAGUCACCGACUCUCACCUCCAUGUUCCUAUGUAUUUCUUCCUUGGGAACCUGGCCGGUUUGGACCUCUGUUCUUCCUCGGUCACCGUCCCACGAAUGUUGUUUGACCUUCACACCCAGACAAGACAGAAAGAUUACCAUAACAGAUUGUCUAACCCAAUUUUUUUUUUUUUUUAUUCUUUGCCAGCGCUGAGAUUUUUCUGUUGGCUGUCAUGUCCUACGAUCGAUAUACGCCAUUUGUCGGCCAUUACAUUACACACAGGUCAUGAAUUGGAAAGUGUGUGUCCAGUUGGCCUCCAUUGUGUGGUGUCUCGGUUGUAUCCAUUCUCUAGUUCACACACUUUAUGUCUUGAAUUUAACAUUUUGCAGAUCAGAUAUUAUAGAAAGUUUCUUCUGUGA